GUUAUGUGUCUGAUUAUUCUCAUUCCUGGACAAUAAUUGUUGACAGUUUAAACAUGGGACUGUAUGCAGUAUUUCAGCGUCCCCAAUUUAUAACUCACAAGACAAGUUGGUGCUCUAAGGCGACAUUAUUUUGGAUUUUCACACUUGUAUUGACGGUAAUGACGCCUCUCGUAGUGGUGUACAGGAGUAAUGGUCUUUGGAUAAGAGAGGCUGAAUUUCGUGAGCAAGCUGAUGUUCGGUUCAAACAUCAGGUGCUUCUAAUUAUUGAUACCUCGCUAGGACCUGUUGUGUGGUCCACCUAUCCAGCUUUUAAUUCUUUGAUGGGGAAUUAUCUUAGAAUCCCAUUAAUCAAGUCACAUGAAGUUGACAAGAACAAUGAUGGUGUGCAAGAAGGACUGGAUUUUACUUUGACUUUACCACUGGCAAACAACGAAUUAGUUUAUGGCACAAUGCUGCUGCUUACCUUUGACUACAGACUUCAUCAUAUGUGCGAAGUUGUGCUAGAAGGGCUUGGGGUUGUGCAACACAGCAGUGGAGUCCCAGUAUCAGCAGUUUACACCUGGGCUGAUCUUACACUUCAUCAGCAGCGCCCUCUACCAUACUCAGGCACACACUCGCUCUAUAACACAUCAGUCUUGCCUUUGUCUGCAUCUUCAGCUAAAGAUUGGAAGUUGCAUAAUAUUCUUUCAAACUACUGGAAAAGAAAUUGUCAGGUCUAAGAGGGCGGACAUGUUAGCAGCAUCUGCUGUAGGCUUUAUCUGGCAUGGAAAGCAGAACUUGUCUUGCAGUUAAGGGAGUGAAGUGGUUUCCUGAUCAUUACUGCAUUUAUUACUGUACGUAUAAUGGAAAUGUGCAUGGAGAAAAACCAAGAUCAGACAAAUUGUAUGGUAAGUAAGAUAAAUUUUUUCUCCGUAAUCUAUUAUUAUUCAUUCUUGUGUAUAAUUUAAUUAAAAAAGGUUAAUAUUUUUUUAAGAAUUGCAAAAAUAAAAUAAAAUAAAAUGCACAUACACAGAAUCACCCAAUUUUUCUGUGGCUGCAGAUUAAGGAAGGAUUAAUGUAUAUACAGAUACAGGGGUACAUUAAAUAAUACAAUAAAAUUUUCACACAUCAUUCCGGACCAUCAAAAUCCACCUUUUUAAUGGUAUCCUCAAGUAGUGUCAGGAAUCCCAAAAAUACUUGGAACCAGCCUAGAGGCUUUUAGAAAUUUGAUGUAGUACUUCAGUAUCUACUUCAGGAAUCCAUGUACUGCAUAAGUUUAACCCCUUGUAUACGGAAUCCACUCUGCUGAAUAAAAUCGUGUGGCAUUAGUUAGCUAAAUAAAUAUUCUGUACUAGAAAGUGGCAUCUCUGUAAUGGAGGGGUUAAUAAAAUUCAUCUAUUUUUAUUUUGAGCAAGUGAGGCCAGCGAUCAA